ACACAGGAGAAUUACGAGAAAGUCAUCGCAGAACUGAAAGAGGAAGCAAGAAGCAUGCUAAUAGAUGCUAAAGGGAAAACAAUCAGUGAGAGGUUAGCACUAAUCGACACGCUCGAACGUUUGGGAGUCGGAUAUCAUUUUGAGCAAGAGAUUGAGGAGCAACUUGAUGAUAUCAUGAACAAGUUUAAUUCCAGUAAUGAAGAUUAUGACUUGUGCACCACCGCACAUGUUUUUGACAAGUUUGUUGAAAAAGACAACAACAAAAUCAAAGAAACCCUUGGCAAUGAUGGUAAGGGAUUACUAAGCUUAUAUGAAGCAGCCCACUUGAGAAUCCGUGGAGAAGAAAUUUUGGAUGAAGUUGUGUCCUUCACAGUACGUCAUCUUAAGCACAUGGUACAGUCAUUAAAGCCUGAACUCCAAGCCCAAGUGAAAACGGCUCUAGAGCGGCCGCUUCAGAGGGGCAUUUCGAGAAUGGAAGUUCGUCAUUAUAUAUCCUCUUACGAGAAAGACGACUCAAGGAAUGAACAACUUCUGAAAUUAGCCAAAUUGGACUUCAAUUACUUGAACCCACAUCUGCCGUACGCGAGAAACAGACUUGUCGAGGCGCAUUUAUGGUCAGUUUCUUCAAGUUUUGAACCUCAAUAUUCAUUGGCCCGAGUCAUAGGCACCAAGUUCAUUCAAAUGCUUACAGUUUUGGACGAUACAUAUGACAAUUAUGCGACCGUGGAAGAGAUAUGUAGGGCCCACACCCAAGGGCUCAAGUUUACUAUGGGAGGGAAGAUGGAUUCGUUUGAGGACUUCGUUGUGAACUCAGUGGUGACGAGUAUAGUGUACGUGGCUUGCGCUGCUGCUGUCCCGGGCUUGAAAAUGGUGUCCAAGGAGACCAUAGAGUGGCUCAAGAGCGAGCCCAAAAUCAUUCGGGCUGCGGCUAUGGUUUGUCGAUACUUGGACGACUUGGGCAGCCAAGAGCGCGAGAGUCAGCAAGGCACACUCUUGACGGGAUUGGAUUUUUACGUAAGACAUCAUGGUUGGUCAAUACAAGAGGCUCGGGACAAGUUUGUGGAGCUAGCUGAGGAUGAAUGGAAGGACUUGAAUGCCGAAUGGACAAGGGAUGUUAAGAGUGAAGUUCCAAGAGAAAUGGUGGAGGUAAUUCUUGGCUAUGCUCGGGCAUCUGAUGUCUUCUACAGGCACAGUAGGGAUGGAUAUGCAAAAUCUCAUUACAUGACACCAGAAGUUGAUGCUCUCUUCAUGGAAUCCAUGGCCUUCUGACAGAAUUAAUUUGCACGCGCUCAUCAACAAAGGGCUCGUAAUGUUAUUUUCAUUUCUUAAUAAAAUGCUAUUAAUUUGUUGUCUUGCUUGCGUGUUGCUUAUGUAUGGAUAUGAAAGCACCCAUUUCAAUUUCGUUUGUACGCGCGUGUAAGCCAAAACCUCAUUUGUUGUGAUUGUGUGUUGGAAAAAUGCGUUGGCAAUGUAAUAAUAAUGUUGUUCACUGAUGUGUUGGUUAUGCUAAUGUGUUGAUAUGAAUGAUUAUAUUUGCAUACACAU